AUGCGCGCUAUAUCAGUUACAUUUCAGCACCAGGUAAAUUCGCUAUACAUUGUGAAGGAGCAAUUACGAAAACGGAAAAAAUUUUUUCCCUCUGAACAAAACCAAUUAGUAGCAUUCGUUUAUCGAAUAUUCUUAGGAGUGGCAAUCGCGUGUUUUACGUGGUUUGUUCUUUCAUCUUCGAGCAAUAUCCUCAAUCCUUCGGUUGCCUUCGUGGCAUUAACGAUAUUCAACAAACUUCGCCGUCCUAUGGCUCUCGUGGCACCUGCUGUUCAGUUUAUUUCUAAGGCUAUUGUGAGCAGCAAACGCAUCAAUGAGUUCCUACAAGCCGACGAGCUGAUUCGACAAAAAGGAAGCGCGAAUGACGAGGCGCCUUCGAUCAUCACUUUGAAUGUAAAUCAGGGAGAACUUCAUGCAAUUGUUGGAUCGUUCGGCAGUGGAAAAUCGUCUCUACUAUCUGCUAUCCUAGGAGAAAUGACUCAGCUGGAUGGUGUUAAGAAGAUAAGCGGCACUAUCGCUUACGUGCCACAAACAGCAUGGAUACUUAAUCACACUGUACGGAGCAACAUUCUUUACGGCCUGGACUACGACAGGAAUAAAUACGACAAGGUGUUGAGAGCAUGUGAACUAAAAAAGGACAUCUUCAGCCUACCGCGUUGUGACGCCACCAUCGUCGGUGAAAACGGAAUGGCUUUGUCUGGAGGUCAGCGUGCUCGCAUAUGUCUCGCGAGGGCACUCUAUCAGGACUGCGAUAUUUUCCUCCUCGAUGACCCGUUCUCUGCUGUGGAUGCCACGGUCUCUAGGAGUAUGUAUGAAAAGUUGCUGGGCGCAGAUGGACUUCUUUCCGGAAAGACGGUGAUUCUUAGCACCCAGUCCAUCGAAUUCACUAAAAAGGCAACGGUCAUCCAUGUGAUGGAUGGCGGGAAGAUCGUUGACCGAGGAACAUAUGAGGAACUGGUGGAGCGAAGCAGUGUAUUCAGUGAGAUCAAACGCGAACUUGAAGAGUUGCAGAAAAAGCGAAACAAUUCGGAAGAAUCAUGUGAGCCGAAACGUAUCAUAUUUUCUACAAUAGAG